AUGGGGAGCACGUGCUCUGCGGCUUGGGCGUUCCACCAAGAGUUUCAGAAGCCGCAGGCUAUGCGCGAACAUGCUGUGUUUGGCGACGUUGAAACGGGCUUCGGGGUCAAUGGCAAGCGGCAAGGCUUUAAUGUCACGUGUGCAAACCCGAAGCAGGCUGGUGGUGGACACCUGGCAGAGCCAGAAGAAUUGCAUGGUUAUUUGGUGAUCUUAGCACUUGUUUCGCCGGCUUCGGGGCCAGACAAGGCGCUGCUGCAACCUGUGAACAAGCUACGGGGAGGGUCCAGUUUUGGCUUGUUUGGUCCGGCACAAGAGGUCGAAGCAGAGUUGGGCUUGCUGAUCUCCAAGCAACAUGCCCCUGGCACGGUGCCACCACGCGCGGGGCCACCAUCCCUUCAGCGGACGAGUUCUGCGACGGCCCCGAAGAGCUUGGGCGGCUCAGUUGCCAUCAGACUGUACAAGGGUUGGAUGUUGGGACAACGCGACCAUGCAGAGACCAGGUCUGCCGCCGCGGCUCAUGCGAUUGCGCUCCGAAGUCGGUCCUUCUGCGACGAUGCCCGGGCUCAGGCACCGGGCUGUCCACGCUUUGAGCGCGGGUUUCAUCCGGAUCCUGGCAGUAGGUUCCUGGCAUUGAACGCGAACAGGCACGACGCUGGACACAAAGGCCGGGGCAUUCUGCUUGUGCUGAGACUUGAAAGUGUGCAUGAUGCGUGGAAUUUCGGCUGUAUCAUGCCUGAGGCAAAGGGCAUCCCAGCACCUUGGAAAGACCGCUGGACCCUGCCUGGCGCCACUUUGCAUCGUCGUGGGUCAGCCCUCCUGGGAGAGCUGUCGCUGCGGGACUUGGAGGACCUGUUUGAGGGUGACAAAUCGCACUUGUCACAACCAGGCCAAGGCUUGCAGACGUUGAUCGGUGAGCAGACAGCCCUUGACCUUUCUCUGGAGGUGUCGAGUGGGACUCCCGAAUUUCAGACGCAGGCUUUUCCCUGGAGUUCGAGCGUGACGAUUCUGUUGGCCAUGCGAUCUGGGGCGAGCAUGUUGGAGUUGUAUGAGCAAGCUGCUGCAGCAGUACUGCAAGAAUGGGUGACGCGCUCGAUCUAUGCUGCCUGCUACUUGCAUUUUUCGCUUCUCACGUUCUUCACAGAACAGUUGCUGCCGGUUCAUGCGAACGGUAUGCUGCUCGAGGCAUUGGGGAGUGCCUUGCAGAGCCUCGAGGAUGGUGGCAAGGAGCACGUCGUGGCUUCUGCGGCCUGCUUGGGGCAGGUAGUCCUCAGGGACGGUGCCAAUCCGGUGCCAAACUUCUGCUGGGAGCUCCUUGAGUCUCUGCUGGACAGAUUUCCGGCCAUCCCCCCUGUCGUGGACAAGAAUCUCGAUGAGGCUCGCGACGGCCCAGGAGAGGAAAAGCUACUGGCUUUUGCCAAAGGUUUGCAAAGCUGGUGGCUCACCGGGCUGCCAAUGAGCCCAGUGGAGAGGCUGGGGCUUUUGGAGCAGAUCACCGCCUUCGUGACAGCUUUGGCCCUAUCGGAGUCGCGGAGCUUUUGGCCAUGCUACCGGGGCCACCUGCUCUUGCCACUCAUACCGCGAUUUCACGAAAGCCUUUCGCCCUUUGCGUGGCCGUCCUUGGGUGGUUCUAAGAAGGUCACGGACGUCGUCCUUCUGUCUGCGGCCCCCCAGCCCAAACAGGUGCCGAAGGGCCCGCCUGUUUUGCUGCGAGCCGCGACGGCGCUACAAGCCAACUGGGCAGAUGCCGUCCGAGAUCUUCGAGAGACUGCUGGCCGACUCGCCGUUCAUGGCGAUGAGCUGCUGCGAAGCGUCCGCGAGGCACAGGCGCUGGUCCAGGAGAUGCACUCCCGGAGUCCCAGCGAAGCGAUCUCCAAGGCGGCCUUGCACGGUGCUGAGGUGUCCUUGGAGGGAGUGGCGCCGAAAAUCGAGGCUGGGACGAGCCGCCAGAGCGGUGUGACUGUACGCAUGAUGACAAUGCGCCACUUGCAGGAAUGGCAGGGUGCUGCUGCAGAGGCGAUGAACUGGGUCACGCAGGAGGACGUGCGACAGAAGGCCGGGACAGUGUUAUCAGCAGCAAAUCCAGAGCGCAUGUUGAUUGCAGGAGCGAGUGGCCACCUCCCGGAGCAUUCAUCAAGCCUUGAAAGAGGCUGGUCGAAGAGAGCUCGUUUGAUGGCGGCCCGUCUGGACGAAAGCUUUUCUUUUGACCUGCAGAUGCCUUCCACGUCCUCAACGGUCGCUUCUGUGUCGACAUUGCAGAUCGCAACUGACAUGAUUUCUGGGGAGGUUCAAGACAUAGCGAACUUCGGCGGCACACUGAGAGCAGGCGAGAGGCUCUUGGUCUCUGCUUGCAGUACGCAGUCUAAAAAAGGUUAUCUGUACCUGCUGGAGAACUGCAGUGGGUCACCUCCCAAAUGUUCUGUGGUGGUGAGUGAGGAGUCAAGUGUUGGCUGCGUGGACGGUGCCCUCAAAGAUGCUCUUUUCGGUCAGCUGGCCCUGGGACUCUGUGGAUGCGAGGAUGGAAGCUUCCUCGUGGCUGACAUUUCCAACCACCGUAUCCGCCGAGUUUCCAAGACUUUGGAGGUGAAGGCAGUGGCAGGCUCUGGCUCUAAAGGUCAAAAGGACGGGCCAGUGGCUUCAGCUACCUUCUCGUCUCCACGUGCACUGAUCUCGCUUGGCGACACAAUUCUCGUCACGGAAGAUGGCCAUCCUGGGACGGUCCGCGUUUUGGAACAAGGUUUGGUCGAUUCGAUUACUAUACCGCUCGGUCGCCAGCAGCAACAGAUGCAGGAGUCUUGCCUGGCGACGGAUGCUUGCGAUCCGACUUCUGCCUGGCUGGCGCACUCGAGGGCUGUCUGCCGGGUUUCGAAAAGCAGUGGCAGCUGGGCCGUUGAAACCAUCGUCGAGAUUCAAGGCAUCACUGGUCUAACACACCUGUGGAGUCCUGAUGGCUCGACGGAUGGCCUUGUCCUCAGCAAAAAGAAGAGCUACACGCUCAGCUUCUGGGACAGGACGGAAGCAAAGAAGAGCCUGAGUAUCAUGGCCGGCCAGGGCGCUUCGCGGGGCUCUGUCGAUGGCCUUGGGACCGAGGCGCGCCUCGCGGGCCCUGGGAAGCAGUGUGUGCUGGGCGAUGGAUCUCUGCUGGUCGCCGAUGGGCGUGGGCUGCGAAGGAUCGUUACGCAGGCAUUGAGGGAGUCCGAGUUGGCGCGUGCAGCGGAAAGCGUCGAGCGGCACUCACAGCUGGCAAUGCAGAGAAACGCCAAGCUUCGAGAGGCUUGGGAGCAAGUUCUGAAGGUCCUGGCUGGGCCCUGCACCGACAUCGCCUGCGCGAGGCGGGCGAUCUGCGAUGAAAGCUUCGACAUCGAAGCGGCUCGGUCGUUCUCCAGGCUGGAGGCUUCGUGCGAAAGCAUUGCCGCGCUCGUGACCAUGGCCCCGAGCAUGGCCGCUGCGCUGAAGGUGUUGCCCAGGAAGUUCUCGUCAGGUGUGGCACAGGCCUUGCACAGGAAGCUGGAGAAAUACCACUGGCCUCCCAUGGUCCAGGCAUUAAAGUAUCUGGCUGCAGACUUGGAGGCGCUGCAACAGUUGGCAGGCAGCAACUUCCUUUCGGAGACCGCCGCUGUCGCCGCUGUUGAUGGACCCUGGUUCUCGCGACAGGUGGGAUUUUCGCCGCAGCUCGUGGGCCUUUUUGACAUGUUGCGGCGCUGCUUCCCGGACUCACGCCCUCUGCAUCUGGCGAUGGUCCGAUGGGCUUUACGACGCUAUGUCCGGAGCUCCUUUUCCAAGAUUGCGAAGGAGCUACAGGAGCGGAAUGCAAGCGAUGAGGAGAUUGCACGCGCUUUUACCGACUGGUUGUCAGGCAUCCUGCAGUCUCUGGGCCUGGAGCUCGAGCCGUGCGAAGAGCAGCGAACCAACAGCUUGCCUUGGCUUGUGGAGGAGCUUCUCCUGGAGCACCUCAUUGGGGACAGCCCAGACUCCAAGUACUGGGCCCUGCAGCGCAGUGCCGCUGUGGCAGACACGCUGGGUCCUGCACUCCGCCGCUUGCUCACGAAGGCCCUGCGUGUUCUUGCCGUGGACCUGCCGAUGCGCCGAUCUUUGGAGGCCCUGGGCCUACGCAUUGACAGAGAGGCCUCCGAGGUGCCUGCAGAUACACGCGGAGGCUUGAAGGCCGAGCUUGUGGCUGUGGUUUUGGAGAACGCCUUGGAGCCGUCAAGGAAAGAGAAGGCCAAAGAGGCAGACAAGGGAAAGGGAAAGGGGCCGAAGAAGCCACUGUCGGAACUGCAGGACGUGCUUCGAGCAGACUUGCUGUCCUGGGGAUGUGUGCUGCGCUGGUUCGACGGCGUGCAGGAGCAUCUUCCAGCCGAGCUGCGCGGACGCCUCCAGAAAUGCACCGAGCCCGCCCGCGGUGGCCUGGCCCUUCUGGCAGAAGCGGCACAGGCAGGCACGCUGCCGGUGAGUUCGGUGUCCAGUCUCGUCUCCAGUGCUGGCGACGCGCUGGAAAUGGCAGGGCAUCAGGAGGGUGCAGAUGCUCUACGGACUUGGCACGAGAGGCUGGUGGAAGCCAACGUGGUACUGCAGGGCCUGGUGGCGAGCUGCAAGGCACUUUGGCCAAACGACACGCACCUGUUGAUGGCAGUGGGCCAAGUGGCAGAGGCUUGGCCAGAUCUGCCGGCAGCCUCCGCCAUCGCUGGGCUGCAAGGAGGAGCUUCACCGGCAUUCUCGCAGGUACCUUCCACGCUCCUGGUCGUUAGUCCUGCUCUCUCCUUGCUGGGCAAGUCUUCUGCCUUCCGAGCACUGUGGUGGCACGAGGGCUGCGGUGCCGGCCGAUUCGAGCCUGCAGAACUGCAGCUUUCUGCGAUCGCUUGGGCCGGCUUCUAUAGCUCCUUACAGGCACCCGAGGCCUCUGAGUUGCCUUUGCCCGCCCUCGAGCCCGUCCUUGGAAGGCUGCAGGACGCUGAAGAACUGCGGCUGAUGGCGGUUACAGGAUCCACCCUCCAGCUCAGCGAUGGCAAAAUUGUUGCAUGGGAUACCUCAGAUCCCAGCGCGGAGUGGGAGGCGGCAGCCGCAGAACUGGCCCGGAAGCUUUGGCACAGCCUCUCGGUGAAGCAAUCCCACAGCGCGCUACAGAAGACGCUGUCCGGACUCCGGGAGAAGCUCCUGGACGAGAAGACGGGCCAGAAGGAGGCAGAUGAGGUGCUGGAUGUUCUCGUGCAGCUGCAGGGGGCUUUUCAGAGCUGGGAAACGACGGCCCUGAAGAAUCAUGGUGCGAUCGGAGCAUUGACGGCACAGAUUGAUGCUCGGCUUCUGAUCCAUCCUGAGGCCAUGAUGACAAGCAUGCUGACCUCUUUUGAAAUGCUGCAGUGGUUGCGAAAGAUGCCCGAUGACUCAGACUACUUGGUGCGAAUCGAAGUCGCGCUCAACAGAUCAGAAAUGGAGGUUCCUGCGGAGCUGUGGCUCGCUGAAGAAGGUCGAGUGGAUGAGAGCAAGCUUUCCGCUCUCACGGCGCCGCUUUCCUGCUCCACGUCCCCCGACGAUUUUCAGCUUCCGGUAGAUCCUCUCGUCGCCAUGACUUACCAGUCCGCCGACGUGGUCGCCGCCCUCGACAUGGUCCGCCGUGCCGUCGCCUCCGGCGACGACCUCUCCCAACUUUUCUCCGAAUGGAGUGGGUUGGAGAGGCGUGCGCUCGUCGAGGCUAUCAAUAGUCCCGGCGCGGCACCUGGACCCGUCGUGUACGGCGAUUCUUCGAGAGGUUUGCCGUCGAGCUCGUCGACGGGAGCAGGAAUGGCUACUUCGUCGCCGUCGGACCCCCACCCGGAACCCCCCGUCGACCGUCAGCAAGCGCCUCCUCCGGCGCAGGCGGGGGUUCCAGGAGUGGCGGCGUCCCCGGCAGAUCUUCCACCGGCAGGAAUGCCGUCGGGUGGGUAUCCUCAAAAGCCCACCCGACCGGCUCCGUCGGUGCCCAAAGGCAGCCCGCCGCAGCUCUGGGACCAGCUUGGGUUCCUCUGUCGUGCCGACGCGGUGCUGGCCUACAACCACAACAUACCGUCGGCUGACGCCUUCUACCGGCGUUACUCGACGGUGCUGCCGGACCGCAUCACUCCGGCCACGGUGAUCCCGGCGGCGCCGCCGGCUACUCCGCCGGUGCCCCAGCCCGCCGACUACCAGGCCCGCAUCGCUGAGGAGCUCCGUCAGCAGUUUGCGGAGGAGUCGAGGCAGACGGGCACCGUCGCGCCACAGGUGAAGGCUAUGCCGGCAGCUCCGGCGCCACCGCCGUCAUCGGCGGCACCGUCGGGAGCAUCUCGCAGGGCACGUACACCAACGCCGCAGGAGAUGUAUCCCGACGCGGAUCCGGUCACCGGCGCCGGCUUCCCAAUGCUGCCCCGGCGGCCGCGUGACGGGGCCCCAGCCGCCGAGUUCGACCGGCACAAGCGCGAGUACCGGCAGGUCGUGCACAUCCGUCGGAUGUUGUGCUCAGCGGCAUGGCGCGACCACGUCGCCGCCGUCAACUUGGUGGGCGCCAGGACCGACGUGGAGCUGCCGGAAUCCCUUCAGCCCCUCGCCGUCGCCAACCUGGAGCACCUCGAGGACCUCGAGCACAACGCCGGCGGCGGCACAACGGCCAUGGUACCGGCGUCGGCCGCAGCGGCCUACUACGUGCUGCGUGCUCUGCCGCACGGCGUCCGGGGAGGCCGCAUACCGGAGAAGAUUCCCGGCGAAAUUUGGUGUGCGGGCUGGUGCGGCCACCCGUGCACCAACCGUCUCUGCCGCGGCAUUCCCGGCAGGUGCCUCCGGCCGGUGGUGAUCAGAGCCGGCGGGGCCGUCGACCUGGUCGGCGGCCGUCCCCGUCGCUAUUUCCCCGUCGCCGUCUUCUACAUGGUCGACCUCACCGACGGCCUUGGCCGAAUCAGAGCCGUACCCGCGCCGCCGGCGCAAGAAAAGAGGGAAGCCGUCGGAGAUCAGUCUGGUUGGCUCGAGGCGCCGUCGGUGGCGCGCUUUUCGGCCCAUCUCCCGGUCAUGGGGCCCCGCCGCGGCAGUCACGCGGCCGACUUCGGCCAGCUCGUCCGGGCCUUCGUCGAGCUUGGGGCCCCCGAGCAUCUGCCUCUCCUGCCGACCCUCGGCGCUGUGGACGUUGAGUCGGCUUUGGCUCGGGCCUCGGCGUUGGUAGCCGGCGGUGUCCCGGCCACUGUCUUGGAGUCCCUGGCAUCGUGGCGGUCCCGGCAGGUCGAGGGACCACCAGUGGAACCAGCCAGGUCACUCGAGGGGCCACGGUCCGCCGGACCGGCCCCGUCGACGCAGCUCGUCCCGGCGAGGCCCACGCUCGGGACCUCUGCGACGGCGAUCGUCCCGGCCGCUGGUCACGCAUCGGCCUCGGCGACGGGUAGUCAGGCCAUCCCUUCCCCGGCGACGGUAUCCGACCGGCCGGCGGAGAAGCGACGGGACAUCCCGGCUCGUAGGGACGUCCGCCGCGCGUGCAAACGCACAGCCCUUGAAGCCGCCCUCCCGGAGAAUCGGGCCGCGGCGCUGGCGGAGAUCGACGAGAACAUCCUGGCAAAGUCCUCCCAGGCGCCGUUUCAGUCCAGGGUUCGCUCCUGGGUGGAAGCGUGCGAGACCUGGGCCGUCGAUCCUUGGCCCAUCUCGGCGGACGCGGUCAGGAAGGUGGCCGCAUCCUUCCGUCGAGGGGGCUACCGCUCAGUCCAGAAUUACUUCGAUGCCGCCGUUUCUUAUCAGGAACAGUUCCGCGGCGAGGCCGUCGACCCCCUUAUCCGACGAGCCAUGAGGAGGUACUCAAAGGCCGUCGUUCGGGGCAUGCCGGGAUCGAAGCUGAAGGCAAUCUUCUCCGUCGACAGCCUGGUCGCCCUGGUCGUGCGGGUAGAUCCGCCGGGGUCCGGCGAGUGGAGCCCCUGGGUCACGGCCCACGCCGUCGACGCUCUCAUCCUGGCGGUGUGGUUCAUGCUCCGCGAGAUCGAGUUCUCGGCGGCCCGCACGCAGGACAUCGACGUCGCCGACGGCACCGUCGCCCUCCGGCUUCCCCUGCACAAGACGGCCACCGGCGGCGAGGUCGAGCUGACCAUGCGCCAGCUCCGGUGCGCGUGCGGGGCCGUCGUGGCGCCACUGUGCCCAUAUCACGCGGCACUCCGCCACGUGUCCCGUCUGCGGCGGGCCGGCCGCUGGGUGCGAGGGGCACCCCUCUUUCCCGACGGGACCGGCGAGACGUGGGAGAAGUCGGCGGCCAUACUCUUCUUCCGUCGAGUCCUCCUGGCGGCGGGGAUCCAGCUGACCACCACCGACCACACCGGCGCCACCGUCCAGCUAUUCAACGGCCACCUGGCACGCGUUGCCGGCGCGGCCUGGUUGGCGUCGAAGGGUGUGAACACACCCAUCAUACAGCUGCUCGGCAGGUGGUCCUCGGCAGCCGUCGAGAGGUAUGUGCAGGCGGCUCCUCUGGCGCUCGCCCCCGACGUGCCCCGCCACAUCGACGAGGUCGAGAUCGUCAGCGUCAGGCCGGCCUAUGGCGCCGCCGUCUCGUCAACGGGGGCCGCCGCGGCAUCGAGCUCCAGACCUCCGCUAGCGCUGGCCGACGGCGACCCCGCAGAGAAGGGGCAGCAGCCGGGGGAGGAGCACUCGCCGACGGUGACGUUCGAGCCUGGUCCCGUCAGGCCCGAGACGGUCAGGGAGGUCGCCGUCGCACCGCCGGAGCACCUCAUUUACAAUGAGCGGCAGAAGAGGGCGCAUGCCCCCGAUCCGGCGGAAGCUUCGAUCACGGAGCUGCCGGUGGGAGCGGCCAAGUGCCUUAGGUGCUUCCCGAAGACGUCGUCGGCCGACGGAGAAGGGUCGCCGACGGAGGAGGAGAGUGCUUCUUUUGUGUGCCCGGCCCGCCGUGCUGCACCUGCAUGUCGUGGCACGCCGCAGCCCUUUUCCUCUCGUGACCGCACCGCCCGUCUUCUCCGCCGGUACCUGGUUAUCAUGGCUCACGGCCCUCACCUCGUCGCCGACGCCUUGACCGACUUCGACGACUUGGCCACAUCGGCGGGGGCUGGCCCGGACCUCGUCGAGUACCUCAGGGCUCGGUCCUUGAACCGCACGGCGACCCUCGCCUUGGUCGCCGACGAGUGGUCCGACGUCGACGCUCGGGUCUUCCAACCCUUCCGCGACGGGGACGAGAUCGCCGGGAAGACCUACCGGGCGGCGCCGGCGGAGCAGCCCGUCGUCCGAGCCAUUAUCCGGCAUAUGUGGUCGGAGGCCCGUCGUCAGUGGAACGAGUUCUCAGCCCCGCCGCCCGCCCCGGCGACGGCCACGCCGCCGCCACCGGCGCUGCCGACACUGGCCGGGGAGAAGCCGCCGAGGACUUUCCCGGAGUGGACCGACCUCGUCGCCCGGUACAACGCCGUGCAGCUCGGCGGGGAGCCGCGAUCCUUUCCGGCGGAGCGCCUCGUCGGCGCCGAAGAAGUGCUGGCGAGGAUCCACUGGGAGCACACCAAAUCCAAGCUCUACACGCCGCUCGGCCUCGGCGAGAUCCUGGCGACCCGGACUUGGUCGUCCCUCGGCGUGGUGAACCCACUAACCAGCCGUCGCGGCACCGGCGCGACACAGAACAUCAAGUUCGUCGACGGCGGCCCCGCGCUGUCCCUAGCGUCGGCGCUUGCGGCGGUCCUUCCCACCGCGGCGGUCGUCGUGGUCCCACUGGUCCUGGCGGCCACGGCCCCAGGACUGGCGCCAGGGCUGGUCUUUGCCGUCGUCGCGGCCGGUCUGCUUCCAGCGCCGGUCGUCGUACUGAUCUCGGCGCCAGUCCUUGGCGGCGGCGUCGUCCUCCCAGUCCUGCUCCUGGCGUCGCUGCUUUCUGGGGCGGCGACGGGGCUGUCCUCCGUUGGGGGCCCCCGUCGGCUUCCGCGGCGGGCCGGGCUUGACGGCGGUCUGGAGUGCCUCAUUGAAGGCGGCCUGGUCCGCCAUGAUCGCCGAGGUGACCUCUUCAGUCCUGGACAGACGCAUCGACAUCGCCAAUUGAUGCGCCGUGGCGUCCCAGUAGGACACGACGGCCUCGAGCCGGUUCGAGUGGAGGCGGGCCUUGGUCGUCCACCACUCGAUGUAGCGGAUGACGCCGGCUUCGGUGCCCACGCCGGUCAAGACCCAGGCCCAGCGGAUGGCGUCGAGGCCGUCGACGACGGCCCAAAUGCCCCGCGGGACGAACGGCUGGCUCCGGCGCUGGUGGAGAACUUAUUUGGCCAGCCCGUCCUUGCCAUGGCGUGGGAGACCGACGCGACCUGCCGACGGCUGGCGUCAGUCCGUCUGCCGUGGCUAGUUCACAGAGGCGACGUGACCGCCGAGUCCCCGGGCUCCGUCGCGGCAGCAGUGCGGAAGGCCGACCCCGACGAUCGUCGGGAAGCUCUCCGCCGUCGGGUGGCGUUCCUCUUUGAGAACGUCAUCAUGGAGCCCGCCGACGCCGCCAAGGUCAGCGAGUCCCUCGGCGUCAAGUGGAUAUCCAGGCCGCGCCUGUGGUGGCUUUCGGCGGACCUGGAAUCGACACAGGUCGACCCGGCGACGGGCCUGCCGCUGGUCUGGGCCAAGCACGGCUCUUACCGCCGCCUCCGACUCGACGCGACCAGACAGCCGUCGGAGGAGCUCACCGAGGGCGGCUUGUCGUUCCACCAGUCCGUCGAGUCCGGUCGUAUUCGGCUGCCGUGCUCCACGACCCCGGCGGAGGAAGCCGGAGGGAGACCGCCGCCCAAGAGGGACCUCAUCUAUCGUCCGAAGAGCCGCUUCUCCACGCUGGAUGCUCUGCUGGAGUCCCUGUCCGCCCUGGAGCAUUCGACGGAGAUUUCAGGCCUCGUCGAAGCGCUGGACUUCGCCUUCUCUCUGCUGGGACCCCUCUCGGAGCUUUUGGGUGGCAAGGAUGCAGCGUUGGCACGGAUGCUGCAGAUGCUGAAGCCUACCAGCUGCGCCCGUUGGGUGCUUUGCUACCCAAGGCUGGCAGCACCCAGUCCCGCAGAUGACAAGGCACAGGAGGAAGAGGAGGAGACACUGGCACAAACACCUGCAGAAGCACGGAUGCUAUACCUCAUGCUGAGCAGCCCAGAUGCAGCGCAAGCAUCGGCUCCGCAGCGGCUGGUUGAAAUCCUGGACUUCCAGGCUUCCGUGACACUGGCGGCGAGUACCUUCGAUGCGGCAUUUGGACAGGUUCGCACGUUCAACGAGCAAAUCGGCCUGGUCCGUCUUGCGGCUGCUGUCCUUGAUGACUUGCGCGUGGCCGGGCAUCCAGACUACCAGGAGAUCCACGUGGAGUGGCCGCUGUCCUUGGGUCUCAGCGAGAUGAAGAGUCAACUCCAUGGACUCCGCGAGCGGCAGGGGAACUGGCGCCAGAACUUGAUCAGUGCGCAGCAGACAUUCCCGGUCUUGGGAUUCUUCGCCGCGCGUCAGCUCGGCUGUCUCCUGAAUGCCUUGUCACAUGAGCUGCGGGAGCACGUGGAGGAGGUCCUAGCUGCAGUUGCAUCGACGUGGCUGUGGCCAGCGCAGGCAGAAGCCUGGUCGACGGAUCUCCUGAAGCACUGCCGGCUCCAGACGGGCGCAGAGGAUGCUGCGGCGCUGCUGCAGCAAGACUCACAGAACCUCCAGGCUUUGGCGAGCGCACUGCAGGCGACUUGGAUGCAGCACGGUGCGGAAAGAGUCGUGCGGGCACCAGCUGCAGCCAGUGAUGCGGGCGAGGUUCUUGGGCAGCUCGGUGCCGGAGCCCAUGUGGCUUUGGCAACGGACUUCUACAGCGCCGUCGCACUUCUGUUGUGGCCCUUCCUGGCGCGACGGCUUCGGCCCGCUGCCUGGGAGGUGCUCCCGUGCCAUGUGCGAACCACACCUGAGUCUGUGCAGCUGCUGCUGCUGAGGUGGGCACACUGCCAACCCGGACAAUUCUUCGGAUUGCUGCUUCCUGCAGAGGCCGCCUUUGCCACGCAGCAAAUCGUGGUCCAGGCCGUGCACGAUGCAGUCGACGAGGCAGGGCCGCUUCCAUCGCCGAAGUGCCCUCUGCUGAUAUUGGUCUGUGGCGAGAAUUCCGCCCAGGCACACGUCUCCACCCAGCUCAUGCAGCACCGUGUGGAAGCAUCACAGCCUCCUGCCAAUGAGUUCGCCGACAAGGUUGUGCAGCUCAUAUCCGUUGGCGACGCUGCUGCUCCUUCAGUGCACGUCGGUCUCAACCAAGGGGGAGAGCGAGGGGAGAGACCGUGCUCCCUGGCGCGCAUAGUUGCGAGCCCCUCUACAUCCGUGUCUCUCUUUGCGACUUCGCCGGGGGCGUUCGGAAGGGCGACAUCGGAGGGGUCACUCCUGUACGGCAUCUGUGCCCUGUUCCUUCGGGAGUUGCACGCCAACGAGCUCUACGGGCUCGGCGGGGGCGACCUAGUGAAGCACACCGGGGAGAACGACAUGGCGACAGGAGCAGGACUUGAGAUGCAAGUCGAUCACCAGGGGAACUCUCCCGUCAAAAGGCGCGCACCAGACAAGCCAGACGACCUCGCGCUGAACAUCGACAUCAUUCGGGAAGCCAUCCGGGGAGAGCUCAAGGACGCCCUUUCCGAUGUCAAGCAAGACCUUCGCUCCUUUGCCACGCGAGUAGAUAACGUAGAGAGCCAAGUGACCCGCAAAAUGCAGCAGACCAUCAAUCUCCUCGAUGAUAUGACCACCAAGUACGCGAGCCACGGGGAUAUCCUGCAACAGCUCCAAGAAGCCAACAAGGAGGUGAACUUCCGCCUCGAACGCCUCGAAAAAGGGGGGGGAGCCUCGUCAGUGGCCGGGAGUACGGCAACCUCAGACAACUCCCGACGACCCGCACUGAUUGUGGGAGGAUGGGAUCCAGAUCAAGACGCCACAACCACCAAGGAGGCCGUCGCAGAUGUGCUCAAAACGGUGGACGCCCCCAUUGCCCUGGACUCGCUCUUUGUUCCCGGCGUGCGCCGGGGAUACGCCAUACUCCCCAUCGACGACCGCAUGGGGGAGCACUUCGACCAGCGCAAACAGCGCAUCCAGGAGGUCAUUGCCAAGGUCAGAGAUGCAAACAUACAACUGGGACGACGAGCCGACGGGGGGAUCAAGCGAGUCUGGAUCGCCAUGAGCCAACCUCCUGACCGACGACGCAGAGCCCGCCUGGCUGCAAAAGUAAAGCGCUUGUACCUCACCCUGGGGGGAGCCAAGGACGCACUCCAAAUGGAGUUCAGCACAGGAACAGCUUGGAUCAACAGCACCAAGGUGUGCUCAGCGACAGCCCCAAAGCCGGGGGGUACAGAAGACGCGGGCCCGGGAUGGGUCAACCUGGAGGAGAUCGCAAAAGCCACCAGGACCACUCAGCAGGCAGUGUCGACAGCAUGGUCCCCGCUCAAGGCGGAGAUCAACUGA